UCGCCAAUCAAUAUGGCCUCUAUGGGAAAACACGAGCGGAGGAGGACGCUAAACACUACUUGAAAGAGAAAGAAGAGCUGGAGAGAGAGAGGGAUGGAAUACGGAACACUCUGCUGACACUGAGACAAGCGAGGAGAGAGGUGAAGGAGAGGUUGAAGACUGCUUCAGAGGAGCAGAGGGGCUCCCUGAGUGAGCGUGUGUCCCAGCUAGAGGAGGCUUGCCGUGGGAAGGAGAGUGAGAGGGUGGACCUGGAGCUCCGUCUCACCCAGGUUAAAGAGAACCUGCAGAAGAGUCUAGCAGGAGGAGCUCUGGGGGCACCUGGGGAGAGCAAACCCUCCAGCAAGGUCUAUAGCACACCCUACUGCUCUGGAUCUAUACCAGUCAGCUGUAAGAAACCUCCUAUCUACUCUUCCUCUAAAGGAACAGUCAUGCAGAAAGCCAAGGAAUGGGAGUCGAAGAAAUGCGCUUAGGGCAUAAGGAUGUUAAAGCAAGACUGGAGAUGACUGGAGGCAUAUCAGAGAGAGGAUGUGUUGUUUAGAUUGUUGUAGAGAAAUGGACGAAAUGGACAGGUAUUCAGGACAUUGAGCCAGUGUACAGAAAGGAUAUGAAUUUACCUUGAUAAACGACAGAGAAAGGGACAUUGAGAGAUCUAAGAAUGUUCCAUAGAACUGAAUGGACAUGGAAGGAAAACUCCGUGAUUUACUGUACGUGAUGGGCUUUAAAGGGAUACUUCCAGAUUUUGGCAGUUUAGCCCAUUCCUAGCUCCAUGCUACUGUAACUUCACCUGAAGACUUCCAGUCAUUUCACUAAAUUUAGUUAACAAGGGCUCCAGAACCUUCCUUCAACUUCCUUCAAACUACACACAGAGACAUAAAAAUGGUAUCCAUGAGUUCAUCUGACUGGGUAAUUUGAUAAAAGGGCUUCCACUUUUACUGCAGUGGGCUAAAUCAGGGUCACACAGAGUGUUUCUAUACACCUCACACACAUGGUUAAGGGCUUAAAAAAAGAAGAGAUCUGUACCAUGUCAGAUACAGACUUCAAAUGUAUUCAAUGUUGAGUUUGCUUCCCAGUAUUACACUUUGUAUACAUAACAGAAGACUAAAAUAUAACAAAACUGUUUGACAUAGAAACAAUGGAUUUUUAAAAAUAAUCUUUGUUAAAGCAAGAUUAGAGAUUCCACCCAUGAAAAAAGCAAGAAAGAUAUAAUUAACAUUCCACCCAUGAGUCCAAAUAGAGAUCUUUUGUUAGUUGACUGCAGGAAAGAGCUACUUGUCAAAAUUGCAGUUGUUUUUUUAAAACGUACUUUUCUCCCUUUGUCGCGGGAAGCAGGGGUUAGGGGGCACUGAUAGUGCUGCAGCACCUGCUGAAAAAUCUGAAUCUUUUUUUAUUAGUAUUCUAUUGUGUAAGUAGUUCACUGGGCCUUUACUAGUCCUGUCGUAGCGUAACAGUAUAGCCGUCUGUUUUGUAUAUAGUAGGAUUAUUUUCACACUGCACAACGGUCCUUUUCCCCUCACAUUAUGAAUGACUAUAAACAAUACAAUGACUAACAAAAUGGUGCUAAUAAUAGAUGUAACUGUAAAUAUUAUCUGAACAAUGGACACCAGGUGCCAAUACCCAUCUACAGGAAUUCACACCGCUGAUCAUUUCUAAAACUCAUCAAAUACAGUGCCUUCGGAGAGUAUUCAGACCCCUUUACUUUUUCCACAUUUUGUUACGUUACAUCCUUAUUCUAAAAUAUAUAUAUAUUUUAAAUCCUCAAUCUACACGCAAUACCCUAUAAUGACAUAGCAAUAACAGGUUUUUAGACAUUUUUGCUAAUUUAUAAAAAAUAAAAUAAAAACUGACAUCACAUUUACAUAAGUAUUCAGACCCUUUACUUUGUUGAAGCACCUUUGGCAGUGAUUACAGCCUGAGUCUUCUUGGGUAUGACACUACAAGCUUGGCACACCUGUAUUUGGGGAGUUUCUCCCAUUCUUCUCUGCAGAUCCUCUCAAGCUCUGUCAGGUUGGAUGGGGAGCGUUGCUGUACAGAUAUUUUCAGGUCUCUCCAGAGAUGUAAGGAUCUCUCUGUACUUUUCUCCUUUCGUCUUCGCCUCGAUCCUGACGAGUCUCCCAGUCCCUGCCGCUGAAAAACAUCCCCACAGCAUGAUGCUGACACCACCAUGCUUCACCGUAGGGAUGGUGCCAGGUUUCCUCCAGACGUGACGCUUGACAUUCAGGCCAAAGAGUUAAAUCUUGGUUUCAUCAGACCAGAGAAUCUUGUUUCUCAUGGUCUGAGAGUCUUCAGGUGCCUUUUGGCAAACUCCAAGAGGGCUGUCAUGUGCCUUUUAGUGAGGUGUGGCUUCCGCUGGCCACUCUACUGUAAAGGCCUGAUUGGUGAAGUGCUGCAGAGAUGGUAGUUCUUCUGGAAGGUUCUUCCAUCUCCACAGAGGAACUCUGGAGCUCUGUCAGAGUGACCAUCAGGUUCUUGGUCACCUCCCUGACCAAGGCCCUUCUCCCCCGAUUUCUCAGCUCUAGGAAGAGUCUUGGUGGUUGCGGACAUCUUCCAUUUAAGAAUGAUGGAGGCCACUGUGUUCUUAGGGACCCCCAAUGCUGCAGCCAUUUUUUGGUACCCUUCCCCAGAUCUGUGCCUCGACACAAUCUUGUCUCGGAGGUCUACGGACAAUUCCUUUGACCUCAUGGCUUGGUUUUCGCUCUGACGUGCACUGUCAACUGUGGGACCUUAUAUAGACAGGUGUGUGCAUUUCCAAAUCAUGUCCAUUCAUUUGAAUUUAGCACUGGUGGACUCCAAGUUGUAGAAACAUCUCAAGGAUGAUCAGUGGAAACAAUAGGCACCUGAGCUCUGUUUCGAGUCUCAUAGCAUAGGGGCUGAAUACUUAUGUAAAUAAGGUAUUUUUGUUUUUUAUUUGUUUAUUUGUUUUCACUUUGUCAUUAUGGGGUAUUGUGUGCAUAUUGCCGAGGACUUUUUUUUAAUGAAUCAAUUUUAGAAUAAGGCUGUAACGUAACACAAUGUGGAAAAAGGGAAGGGGUCUGAAUGCUUUCCUCAGCCACUGUACCCAGGUCAUGUAUUUUAACACAAGCAGACCCUCAUUUGUGAGUGAUGUUUGCACUUUACUGAUUUACUACCUGGAGGUGGUUUAUGGGUUGUGAUAAAUACAUUAAUAAAGUUCUCAGAAGACCAAAACUCCCAUGUUUGCGUGUGUGUUUGUCUGCGUGCGUGCGUGCGUGCGUGCGUGCGUGUGUGUCAGGUGGGCUAUUCACAGCUCUCCAGACGCAGGGUAAACACCUGUCUGUCCAUUGGGUACUUGAUCAGGUCCACGUUACACAGGGUUGAAAUAAAGGAUUGAGAUCAUAGUGAA